CCUGCUCCCAGGUCCCGCGCCAGGAGCUCGGCAUUGUGGCCCGGUCCUCUACCCGCUUGUCCUUGGAAACCGCGUCAGAGCGCAUGCUGAGAGAUGCUGAACAUUUCAAACUUCUGGCGAUAGGCUGCAAAGUUUCCAUCCUGAAAAGACCGUCAUGUGGCCGCAGUAGCAGCAGCAGGAGGCAGACAGGGAACCUCACGGCUGUUCGAUAGUAAAUAGUUUGCUGGAUAGCUGAGGCGCGCGGCCUUUCGAAGCAGGGAAUCAUACCCACUAAUACUUAAUUUAUGUUUAUUGGAAGCUGAUUCAAUUAAUUAGGAAAGCUUGAUACCUCCUGUGUGCUCGUUGAGUUACAGGUUUAUCACGUUUGGAGUUAAAUUUCUCAGUUCUUUAUUGCCUUUUGUUUUUUCUAAUGCGUGCGUAAAACAAGACCACCGCAGCUCUACCUACUCUAAUGAGAACUUCUUCUAUAUUUUUAAGCGGGCCUACUUUUUACAUCACCGGCAUUGUAAAGUUGUAUUUGUGAGGUUAUAUUUCUUAUUCACCUGUCGCAUAAAAGUCUGCUCAGUUCGAAAAGUGGAAUCCCGGCGCUUUCAGUCAUAAAUGUCCUCUGCGCCGAAGAGAGGCCUGCAGCUGGAGACAUCAGCAACCCUUGAUGUGUUGAAAUCAGAAGAAGUUACUGACGUGACAAGUCCUGACGGAUGCGCAGGGCAGCACGGCUGCCACGGGGAACACGGGGAGAAUAAAGUGACCCUGUCUCCAGAGUGCCACCAGCAGAAAGCACGCAAGAUGACCCGGAGCCCCAAAUGCGCGCGCUGUCGGAACCACGGCGUUGUUUCGUGUUUGAAAGGCCACAAACGCUUCUGCCGCUGGAGGGACUGUCGCUGUGCCUGCUGCCUGCUGGUGGUGGAGCGUCAGCGCGUCAUGGCGGCGCAGGUCGCGCUGAGGAGGCAGCAAGCAGCGGAGGGUAAGAGGGGGGUCAGGUGUGCAGCUCCAUUGCGGAGGACAGCGUAUCAGCGUUACAGCCGAGCAGCGGAGCAACCGAGCAGCCUGGCUAAGAGCCUCCUGCAGGGGCUGAAACCAGCUAGGUCUCUUGAAGAGGAUACCCCCUGCUGGUCAAAGCAGACACACCGCGACCAUACAAACUUCACGUGCCCCUCCAUCAGCGCUCGGAUGAGGAAGAGGAGAGCCUUCGCCGACAAGGAGCUGGAAAACGUGAUGCUGGAACGAGAGCUGAGACAGAGGGAGCAGCAGAGUGACCUUCCAUUCUCCUCCUCCGCCGCCCUCGUCCCCGUCUUUCACCCUCCGCCCUUACCUUCCUCACCUAACCUGCAAUGCUGCCUUCUGAACAAGGACCCCACCACUACAGGGUCGCCCAGUUACGUGCCUGUGUAUAAAUACAAGCCUCUGUAUGAGUGUGACUUUCAGUUCUACCAGUUCUUCCAGCUGAAGAGCAGAUCGUCAGAAUGUGACCUUUUCUGCCAAACGUCAGAGCGAAGGGGGGAGGAAGAGGAGGGGAAGAGUAGCAGGAGAGGCUGUGAGAAGAAGGAACAACUGGACUUGAUUCCCAUAACAUUGCAACAAAGACUCAAACAGCAUGGCUGCACCUCAUUGGGUCCAGACCUUGUCAAAAGUGCCUCAGAUGCACCAGAAAUAAUGAACUCAAAUGGCUCCUCCGCCAUCACACGCUCUAUUUCUGGAUCAGAUCAGUGUAUCUUGGGCGGGCCAGACGUCAGUGCACCCAGCAGGACUUUUGAUCCCAGACCCCUGAUGGGUAAAAGCUGGUGUGUAGACACCCCCGACAAGCAGGCGGGUGCUCACGCCGACUCUGUCAAGAGCCCUCAUAGCAGCUCAGUGAGGACUCCCGCUGUGAGGCCAUUACCUUUCUCUGUGGAGGCUCUGCUGAGGGCCUGACGGUGAAUAGAGAGCAGAAGUGCUCUUUGUUUAUGUGCUGAUUUUCAGUGGAUAAAUAUGACAUUUUAGUUGUAUGAAGUUGUAUUAAAGGCUUUCAAACACCUUAUUAUUAAG